UCCAAACGUCGAAGCGGCAGGUUGUGAAGCGGCUCGUUCGGAUCUAUACGAUUACUAAGCUUCUUCAGUUAAGAAAUCAUUAAAUAUUCACUUAAAGAUGGCUGGCGACAAGUAUUUGACCUUCAACAAUGGGCAAAAAAUGCCUUUAAUUGGCGUCGGAACAUGGCAGGCCUCCGAUGAGGAAAUCGAGACGGCCAUUGAUGCUGCCCUGGAGGCGGGCUAUCGCCAUAUCGACACGGCGCCAGUUUAUGGCAACGAACCGGCCAUUGGGCGGGUUCUCAAGCGCUGGCUGGAUGCUGGCAAGGUCAAGCGUGAGGAGCUGUUCAUUGUGACCAAGCUGCCUCCCAUUUCCAAUCGCCCGCACGAAGUGGAGCCGACCAUUAAGAAGUCGCUAGCCGAUCUGCAGCUGGACUAUGUGGACCUGUACCUUAUUCAUACUCCCUUCACCCUGAACAUCAACGAGGAUGGUAGCUUCAAGGUCGAUGCAGAGGGUCUGCUUGAGGUUGAUCCGACCACAAAUCAUGCUGCCACCUGGGUGGAAAUGGAAAAGCUGGUGGAGAAGGGCCUGGCCAAAUCUAUUGGAGUCUCGAACUUCAGCAAGGAUCAGGUGGCACGUCUGCUAAACAACUGCAAGAUCCGCCCAGCAAACAAUCAGAUCGAGCACCAUGUGUACCUGCAGCAGCGUGACCUGGUGGACUUCUGCAAGGCCGAGAACGUUUCCGUUACAGCAUACUCUCCCUUGGGCUCCAAGGGUAUUGCCGCCUUCAAUGCAGGUGCUGGAAUUGUACGCGAUUUGCCCGAUCUAAUGGACAUACCCGAAGUCAAGGAGAUUGCGGCUGCACAUGGCAAGUCCCCGGCUCAGGUUCUUUUGCGCUGGAUCAUCGACACAGGGCUCUGCGCCAUUCCCAAGAGCACGAAUCCAGCUCGCUUGAAGCAAAAUCUAGAUGUGUUUGACUUUAAGCUGAGCGACGAGGAGGUGGCCAAGCUGCUUGCCCUGGACAAGAACAUUCGCGUGUGUGACUUUGCCUUCUUCCAUGGCGUGGAGAGACAUCCUGAAUUCACGUUUAAGAACCAGUACACUAAAUAAAGAAAGUCUAAAGAAUGCUCUACACAUGCACAUGCACCACAUAUAUUAUAUAUUCAUAUAUUUCUCUUCUCACUGUUACCGGUUCUGCACAAAUAGUAGCACACACAAAUAUAUAUUCUAUUCUUAA